AGAGUCAGUUGUGUCUUCCUCUGCACAUUCUGGAGGAGCGAGGGCUCCCUCAGGUGGCCGGGACCGUCAGCGCCCUGCUCGACCUGGCCCCGCCCAGACACCCCGUCACCCCAACGACGACGACGACCCCACCUGGACCCUCCGUAAACAUCUAGACAAGACAACCACCCCCGCACAUGCUCAGUGCGCCUCCUGUAACGCUCCUGCGGGUUGGUUUUAAGGCAGCAGGAGGAGGACGAGAGGAACCUACAAGCAGAUUGGUUUAGAUAAAAACCUCCAGAACAGCAGGUCUGGAUCUGAUGGAGACACAGCGACAGGUUUCUGACAACAGCUCGCGUCAACAGCUCAAACUUAAAGUGAAGCUCUGUUUAAGAGAGAAAAUGUAACGCACUAAAUAUGUGACAUUAAAUAUUCAAUAUCAUAUCUAAAUAAUCAUUCAACUGGAACUGUAGAGAAUAAAAUGUUAGAACUGUUCAGUCUCCAGAUGUUACACUGACUGAUGCUAACCUGGACAGCUGAUUGGCUGAUUGGGACACUAUUGGAGGUUUGAGGAGUCAUUGGCAGAGGUCAGAUGCAGCUGUGCAGCCAAACAGCUGCUGUAAUAACUAAUAAUGCUAAUAAUGCUAACUGUCAGUGUGUACCCGGACUGUACAGUUCUCUCAUUAAACAUUACUGUGGCUGUUAAACUGUAAUCUGAUGAGUCUCAUACAGUUUUACAUCUUUGAGUUGAAGAAUUAUUGAGUAACGUAGCAGCAUGAAGCUAACUUUAUGGUCUAGUUUGUGAGUCUUCCUAAACUCUGGUGAUGUAAGAUAUUAAGACACUUUGAUAUUUGAACUGUCGUCAGUUUUAACUCUGUUACAGUCCAUUGUGGAGGUUGUUGCCUCAACAGCUUUCUGCAGUCUUCAACUGACAUUAUUUACCUUUUAUUUAUUUAUAGAUCCAAUGGAUAAUGUUUAUUUUAUUCUAUUUAGACACAGAACAUGUAAAUUCAACAAUAAAAUCUUUAAAGAUUAAAUUAUGAGUAAAAAAACAAACACCGAAAUACAAUUAAAACAGAUUGAAGUUGUAUUAAUAACCAAGCUAAUGUAGCUUAAUGCUAACAAUAACUGUAGUUUAAAGAUGACACUAAUAUAGCUCGCUGCUAACGGCAGACAUUAUUGAUGGAGUUGAUGCUAACGUAGCUUUCAGCUAACAUUAGCAAACAUUGCUGUAAACGUUCUCUAAUAUUAAACACUUAGUUUAAAACGACUAAUAAUUACAGUAGACACUGUGAAACCGUUAGCUCUACAUGUUAGCUGACACUGCUAAUUGCUAAUGACAAGAAAAUACUCAACGCUAAUACGAGCUAACUUUAUUAGGCUAACAUAGCUAGCUGCAAACCUGAGCUAACAUUAAUACAGUCUGAAGCUAAUGUUGCUAAUGAUACAAUAUAUUUCGAUAAUAGUAGCUAAUAUUAAAGCACGCGGUUUGAAGCUGAAAUAAAAACAAGUUAAAUUAAUAAUGAUCGCUAACUGCUAAUACUAGCUAACAUUAUGAAUCUCACUAAUCUAUUUCGCUAAUAAUGUCGUUGGUUUGCGAUGAUAGCUAGCUGUAAUCUGUUGGUUUGGACUUUAAGCUAAUGUAGCUUAGUGCUAACGUUAGCUAACAUGUCGCUGUUGUCAGUUGAAUCUUUAGUUUUUAGUCUCCGUCAGAUCCAAACGUCAGAAUUUACAGUUUAUAUUUAAAUUAGUCUUUUUCAUCUUUAUUGUGUUCGGUGGACUUUAGCGACGGACGAGUUGAAGACAAACGUCGGCCGAACUCUGAACUCUGUCUGAGGAUCUUUGUCUUCAGUUUCUGUUCUUUGUACACAGGAUUGUUUUUAUCUGCACCCUUUAUAUUAUUCUCUUUAUCAUUAUGACAGUCUGAGCUCUGAUCACCUCCUGAUUGAUCCUCCACCUGUGAUCAGGAUCCAACUGCUGCAUUGAUUCACUUCAGUUCUGUUUAUGGAAUCAACCAGUCAACAUAAACCAACUGUUGGAGAACGUUGACUAGUCUGGUUCUAACUUCAAUCAGGGAACAGUGGUUCUCAACCUGGGGUUCACGACCCCUCUAAUGAUCCAAUCUGAGGGCUCAUUACAAAAUUAAUUACAACAGAAGAAAAAACACAACUGCACAAAAUCUAUUUUACUUAGUAAUAAAUCAGAACAUCGACGCUCUCUGGUUCCCUACGCUGUAACACAGACGCUCUCUGGUUCCCUACGCUGUAACACAGACGCUCUCUGGUUCCCUACGC